GCGCGUGAGUUCCCAGCGCACUGCGGGCUCGAGCUGCCACCUGCCCCGCCCGGACCGCAGGCACCAGCCCUCGGGCCCUCGCCGCUCCUGCCUGCGCGCGCCCGCCCGCUGCAGCCCCCUUCUCCAGCCGCGGCCAACGGCGCUGGCGAGAUGGUUUGCGGCGGCUUCACCUGCUCCAAGAACUGCCUGUGCGCCCUCAACCUGCUCUACACGCUGGUCAGCCUGCUGCUGAUUGGAAUUGCAGCAUGGGGUAUAGGCUUUGGCCUCAUUUCUAGUUUCCGAGUAGUUGGCGUGGCAGUUGCAGUGGGGAUCUUUCUGUUCCUUAUUGCUUUGGUUGGAUUGAUCGGUGCAGUCAAACACCAUCAGGUGUUACUCUUCUUUUACAUGAUUAUUCUCUUGCUAGUGUUCAUUGUCCAGUUUUCAGUCUCCUGUGCUUGUUUGGCAUUGAACAAAGAUCAGCAGCACCAACUUCUAGAGGUUGGAUGGAACAACACAAAGAGUGCUAGAGAAGAUAUUGAGAGGAAUCUAAACUGUUGUGGUUUCAGAAACUUCAAUUCAAGUGAAACCUGCUCUGCUGCUUGUGUUAAAGUUAACCAGUGUGGAACAUGUGAAUCUAUAAUAGAAGAAUAUUCAGGAAUGGUACUGAGAUUUGUAGGUGGCAUAGGACUCUUCUUCAGUUUCACUGAGAUUUUGGGAGUUUGGCUGACUUAUAGAUACAGGAACCAAAAAGAUUCUCGUGCAAACCCUAGUGCAUUUCUUUGAUUGGAAAAUUUCUCAAGGACUGAAUCUUUUUUCCAGUUAAAAUAUGAAUUCUCUAGCAAUUGGCACUUCUGCAUGCUGAGGAUCUGAAAGAAAAUGAUUUUCCUACAUGAAGAUAUUUGUGCUUGUUAUCUUUAGUUUCCCAUCUUCACCUCUGUGUUCUCUAUCUGGAAAUAGAUAUAUCUAUUCUGUAGCUGAACAGUUCUGAGAUGGUUAAAUUAACUGUUAGAUCACAACAAUUCCUGAAGUCUACUGUUUCAAGUUAGUUUUAUUGCCUUUCUUAGUGAGUGUGUGUUUGUUUGUUCCCAACCAAACCACAAAAAAAUACAACCAACAUAUAUUCUGACAUUACCACUUUCUUGUGUGGUUUUUGUUGGUUUUGUUUUUUUAAAACAAAAAACCACAUACAGAUACUUUUUUUCAUUAAAACGAUGCAUGUUGAAUGCCGGUAGGGUGAAAUACAGUAAAUUUGUUUUUUCUAUUGAAUCACUGUUUCCCAUUCUGCUGUGUGGGUUUAAAUAAUAUAGAGAACAUCUGAAAUAUUUAAACUUAUCAACCCUUUAUUUCGUUUCUUUUCUUUAGAUAAAUUCAAGAUACCAUUUUAGAUCAUGGAUAUAAACAUAUGUUAAAUGACUUCUAUAGGCUUUAGUUUUGACAUCUUUAGAAUUGCAUUUAAAGAGAAUAAAAAUAUUUUUUCAUAUUUGUAUCUAAGCAAUUGAGAAUAAUAAUGAAUGAGGAAAACCAUGAAAAUUAACCUAUUGAUAUUAAUUUUAAAAGUACUUAAAAAAGAAACUUUCUUGAUAGAUGAAUGAACCUGGUACUAAGACAAUAUCAGAACUGUUAUUGAUCCAUUUUGUUAGUGUAACAAAUUUUGAUUUGAUAUCCAAAGAUUUCUUGUAAAACUAUUUUUAACAAGUUUAAAUUCACUGUUGUAAUAACUUAUAAAAGUGUGAUACUGACAUUCUUUGUCAAACCUGACCCACCUUCAUCCUUCAGUAUCUAUAUAAAAUACUUGAUUUGAAAUGUAA